CCUAUAUACUAACGGGAUAGGCAACUGCCGCAAGUCUCGCGAUAUCUCGUAAGACCCUAUUCAUAUGCUAAUUAGGUCUCGCGAGAUUUAAAAUGGAAGCGACUUCGAUGUAAACAAAACCUGUACAGAAGAUCAUUUUGGCCGUACAACGACUAAUUGAUGUGGUAAUGGCUUUUUUAUUAUGUUUGGAAGGUAGAAUUAAUUAACGGGCUAAAAGCUUUACGUUUUCUUUCUGUUUCAAACGAUUUAAUUGGCGUUUUAACGGGGCUGGUUUAAAUAAACACGGGUCCCUAGUCAGAGUGUUUUCAUAUAUACUUAAUUACAGCAGGAACCUGAUUACGGGGACGUAUAGAUAAUGCAUACUACCUGGUAAGUGUGUUUGAACCCCUCAUGUGUUGUUUUAAGACUCCGGGGAGGUGUUAACGAUGAGCAGGGGGUAUGCAGUUAGGUGUUUUUAUAGAGACAUAAAAAUUAAAAUUGCCAAGCUGCACAGCAGUGUGUUUCGUUAUUGUCGUGAUAUUGUGCUAUCAAAAUGGCCUCAAAAGAGGACUUUUUGUCUUGGGAUGGUGAUAUUGAUCUAGAUGUACUUUUAGGUGAUUACACAGACUACGAUGACAAUGCCAGUGGCUCAUCACCUGAAAAGAAUCCACCACAAGAGCACCUUGGUUACCAGUGUCCAGAAUGUAACAAAAUCCUUAAAACCAUCUCUGGUUUUAGGGGUCAUGUUACAAAACAACACAACAAACCCAGGAUAAAAGCCAGUGACCACAGAGCCAAAGAACGGACAUCACCAGUGAGUGAGAAAAUAAAAUUUGUGCCAACUUCAACUCCUGACUUUGAUGGGGUAAUCCGUAAUGCCAGCACCAGAACUCUUCAGAAGAUUAAAGAAGAUCCUAUGUACCAGUUGUUCGGUGAUACUGUGACUGUGCGUCUUGCCGUGUUCUGUGCCACCCAGGAAUUCUUGGAUUCCUUUUUCGUGAACCACCUAACAGACAUAUUCAGCCUGAACUUGUGUCACAACCUUUCGAGGGAGGUUUUCUAUACCAAACUUCAUGCCCUUAGAUUAUCAGCCAUCUUACAGCGCGACUGUGUGAAAGAAUUCAUUGAGCGAGGCUGCACCGAGAAGAGCGAGGAUAUCGUGAACUUUCUUCAGACGUACAUUCUAAACCUGCCCUGUGAGAUUGUGAACACUUUGCUUGAACAAAACAAAACUGUGUCUGAGCAACAGUCAAAGGAACUUUCCCAAAAUGACCAGCAAAUUCUGUUUUACAUUUGUGGUUUCAUUGUGAGAAGUCUAAAGAAGAAAAGCUUCAGGAAGAAGAAGGAAGACCGUGAUGAGCGACUGCAGAUGCUGGAGAAGUUAACAUGUGAAAAAAACAACUCCAGUUUCAUUGCUGAGUUUGACAAGUGGCUGACUAAAAGUACUCGUGGUGGCUUAUUGAGACCAACAGAUGCAUUCUACCUGCUUGUGAGGGAACUGGAGAACACCAUCAGGACGAUAGUGGACUUUGACAACUUGCAGUCUAUUUCAUUGAACAGUUGUGAAGUGAAAGAGAAGAUGAUGGAUUCAUUCAUGGUGAAACAUUACAUGACUCAAUUGUAUGGUGAUUUUCCGGAGACCGACUUACUACCACUCUUGGAAGACAUUGUAUGUGUGUUCACCACGGUGAGGGGGUAUGCUGUGACCCGACUUCUUCGCAAGAAGUUGAAUGCAAAAUCAGUGAAACCGAGUGACAGUCUUCGACAGGCGCUGAAAGCAAAGACCAGCAACUGACCACUUUGAAAAUUGUGAAUGCCUUCUGCUGAACUUUUAUCUGACUUGUGUGCUUUUUUUGUCCUGUAGUAAUGUACUUUAUGUUGAUUAAUGAUGAAUAUGCUUUCAACAGAUCUAUUUAUUUGAUACAACCAAUGAUAUUAUUAUUCAAUAA